AGGGAAGAAGCACUCGUAGGAUCCAAGGUUGAGUCUUGAAUAAGUGUCCGUAAGUCGACAAUAGACUACGAGAAGAGCUGCAAUGCCGCCCUUGCGUAUUCCAUACACCCAUCCUCCUCUUCCUGCUUAGUGAAGAGAUGGACCGAAAUAGCACAAAUGCAACCCACCCACUGCCUCAUACCACUCUCAUACCAAGCCCAAGCCCACAUGAGCCAGCACCGCUCUUUAACCCUGCAAGUGCAUCAGUCGUGACACCAGCAACAGUGUGGCCCUCCAUCACUCAUGGCAGUCUGUCGCCGGUCACGAGCACCACACUCCACCAGGAUCCAUACCACAAUUCGCAGCAAUCGAUGCACAACCUCGAAUCUGCAAAACCCAACACUGCCGUCGACCACGGUCCAUUCUAUCCAGCCGCGUCCGAAAAUCUCAUCUUGGGCCGAAUGUACGGGCCCAAGAUAAAGCCAUGCAGAUGUCGUGGGCAAAGACACGGGACUUGCAGAACUCGACAGCUCAUCGAGUCGAAACGAUUUAACCCUGCUCCGAUGACCACCCUGCUUGUGAAGGACGAGACGUUCAAGUUCCUGCUCGAAGACCGGCUGGGCACGUUACACACGAGUGAGCUGCUGCUUGAAGAGGGCUCAUUCAGCGGAGGAAGCGCUAGUCCAGCCUUUGACAGAUCAGACGAGGAUAACGCGACAACGGAAGGCCUGAAAUCAGCAGCAUCGUUUUCAUUGCCUACCAGCUAACCAUCGUGACCUAGCUAGAAUCCAAGUAUGGUUUUCGGGGUAUAAUACAAGAAAUUGAGAACCCACUCACCGCCAUCGAAACGCCUCGUGCCUCGUUUUCAU